UUGCGAAAAUGAUGAAACGUCAAAAAGCAGAUCAAAACAAACCAGCAUGGUGAAGCAGGAGCACGCAUAUUCGUAAAUGGUGAGCGUUUUUCUUGUAAAAUUAGAAGGAAAUCGAGUUUAAAAUCAAAUCAAAGCAUCAACAUGGGUAAAACUCCAAAACCACCGAAACGUUACUUCGACACGGCAACGGAAGAAGAAGCAGGUGAUAAGCCGAAGAAAAUUAAGAGCAAACCCACCGGUGACUUCGAGGGGACCAGCCAUGCAAAAAGUACCAAAAUAAAAAAGGAACGUAAACCGAAGCUCGAUGUGGAUUCCAUGGAGGUAAUCGCGGUGAACGAUCGACAAGCGCGUCCAUAUGGCAAGAAACACAGACAACGGAAGCCGCAAAACAAGCUGGAUGAUAUUCCCGUUGAUCCAACGGCGUUGGCGCGGCACUCCCGAGGAGAGGGUCUCGCCGUUACCGGAGUGAAGACUAAAUUCGAAAAAAUCCGCCAAAAACGCAAGGACAUCAAUAUCGAGUUUGCUGCCGAGCAAGCAGCGCGGGCAGAAAUUCUGCUCAACGAGAAUGAAGGAUAUUUGGAAGUGGAUGACGAUGAAUUAACCACCGAAGUCAGCCAAGGGGAAAUUGUUAACAGUGUGGAUAUAACGACUGCAGCCAAGCAUUUCAAUCUGCAGUUGGAGUUCGGUCCGUACCGGAUGAGGUACACGAAAAACGGUGCCUAUCUGUUGCUGGGAGGUAAGAAAGGUCACGUUGCUGCCUUCAAUUGGGUAAAGAAAUCAUUGCUUUGCGAAAUGAAUGUCAUGGAAUCGGUGCACGACGUAGCGUGGCUGAUGAACCAAACUAUGUUUGCCGUUGCGCAGAAAAACUGGGUCCACGUGUACGAUAGCAAAGGCACUGAACUACACUGCAUCAAAUCUAUGAAUCGGGUUUCAAGGUUGGAGUAUUUACCCUAUCACUUUUUGUUAAAUUCAAUCAAUGAAGAGGGAUACCUCUCCUGGAUGGACGUUUCGAUGGGUAAAACUGUUACAUCUUACAAUACCAGACUCGGAAAGACUAGCAUGAUGUGCCAAAAUCCGUGGAAUGCAGUCACCUGUUUGGGCAAUUCCAAAGGUGUCGUUUCCAUGUGGUGUCCUUCGUCCAGAGAUCCGCUCGCUAAAAUGCUUUGCCAUUCGAUGCCAAUGACCGCGCUCACUGUGGAUCCAACCGGGACUCAAUUGGCAACCGCUGGCCUUGAUAAAACCAUCAAAAUCUGGGAUAUUCGACAGUUGGAUGGCCCAAUCGUGACGUACAACCUACAAACCACUGCAUCGGGAAUCGAUAUUUCACAGAAAGGGCUGAUGGCCAUUUCCAUGGGAAACAUCUGUGAAAUUUACAAGAAACCCAGUGUUCUACAGCGAGAUAUGAGGCCCUACCUGCGGCAGCGAACGCCAGUAACAAUUUCCAACUUCCGCUUCUGCCCCUACGAAGAUAUCCUAGGAAUAGCCACGGCUGGCGGCUUCACCUCAAUCAUCGUUCCAGGCUCCGGUGAACCGAACUUCGACUCAAUGGAGGCCAAUCCAUUCCAAACGCUAUCGCAGCGCCGUGAAGACGAAGUACACAGCCUGCUGGAGAAGAUCCCGUCCGAGUUUAUUUCCCUCAAUCCGGCACAAAUCGGCGAGGUCGAUGUACCAUCCCUGAAGGAUCGUCUGGAAUCGAAGGCCAAACUGCUCACGAUGAAGGUGCCCAAGAUUGAUUUCGAACCGCGCGUAAAGAAUCGCAUGUCGAAGGCCAAGCGCUUCAAGAACAAGCAGAAAGUUAAGGAAGUGCUGCGCAAUGAAGCGAUCCAGAACAUCAAGGAGGCGAAGGAAUCACUCAGUCAGCUAGGGCAAGGAUCACAGGAGUCUCCGGAUUUCAUUCCUCUGGAAUCGAAGAGCGUUCUGGAUCGUUUUCGCGACAAGAAGGCGAAAAAGAAGUAAAUUUGUUGUAGUUUAAAGUUUCUUUAAUGAAUAAAUAAAAAGUAUAGUUAAUAAUCAA